AUGGUCAACAUCAAAGACGUCCGAAUCUCCAACUCUGAGCUAAAACAGUCCCAGUCAGCUUCAGGACUGGUCGCUGUAUUUGUGGGAGCAACAAAUGGCAUUGGCAUGGGUACUCUAAAGCAAUUCACCAAACUCGCCAAUGCCCCCAAAGUAUACGUCGUAGGACGAUCCAGGAAAGCUUCGACACUACUAUUGAAUGAAUUGGAAGCUUCAAACCCACAGGCGACGGUGGUUUUUUUCGAGACCGAAGUCUCUUUGAUGAAGAAUGUCGACCAGAUCUGUGAUGAGAUUAAAGUUAAGGAGAAGAAGUUGGAUAUCUUGUUCUUGUCCUGUGGAUAUUUAACUUGGGAUGGUCGAACUGAAACCAUCGAGGGAAUCGACAUCCCUCACGCCCUCCGCUACUACACCCGUCUGCGAUUCACCUACAAUCUUCUUCCCCUCCUAACCGCCUCCCCAUCCCCACGCGUGAUCUCCAUCCUGGCCGGCGGUAGAGAGGCCGAGAUCGACCUCACCGACCUAGAAGUUCGCAACAACUUCAGCGGCAUAAAAGCCAUGAAAAACGGCACCACGCAGACAACUCUGGCUUUUGAAGAGCUGGUAAAGUCAUACCCCAGUAUCACGUUCAUACACAAGUACCCUGGGUUUGUGGAUACCGGCGUAGUGGAUAGGUUGAUGGGAACCACGAAGGGUAUUUAUGCGUUGCCUGCGACUGCAUUCAGGUGGCUUCUUCUACCGAUUAUUAACCUCUUUGCGACGAGCGUGGAUGAAGCUGGAGAGAGGGGCCUGUUUCUUGCUACUAGUGCGAGGUAUCCGUCUGCCAAACCCAAGGCGGAGGGAGGACUUUGGGUGCCGGUACCGAAGGGUGUUGAUGUUGCGACGAGCGCUGUAGAGGGCGUUUAUAGGGUCGGCGCUGAUGAUGCGACCGUGAAGGAUACUCCUGCUUUGAUCGCAUAUAGGAAGGAGAAUGCUGGAAAGACUGUCUGGGAGAAUACACUGGCUGUUUGGGAGAGGGCACUUGGACGAUCGGGAUAG